AUAACCGGUUCCUAUAUAUAUAUAUAUAUAUUACGUAUAUAUAUGGGAGGGAUUCGGUAAGAACCCUCUUUAUAUAAGAAUCUUAGUUAUAUAAGAACCAAUCUCAUUAGGAUUAAAUUAGGAUGAGCGAUCAGAUUAAAACAAAAAAACCUACCCCUAAACCCUACCAAACCGUACAAAAUUUUCUCUCUCCUCAAACUUUCAAUCAUCUUUACUUUCUCUCUCCACAAAUCCCAAAAUCUAGCCCAAAUUGCUGCAAAAACAACCUAAAUUGCUCAAAUCAACAAAGUAAAGCUUUCGAUAAGCUUACUGAUCGAGUCGAAGAUCGUCAGCUUGAUUCUUCUCGUGUUCAAACGGCUAUGGGGUCGAUUACUGCUGUAGCUGAAACUGAAGUUGAUGUCAAUAGUAUGAGAUUGAGCAAAAUGCAAGGCCAAAAUGAAGAAAAAUCAGAAGAAGAAAUUACUAUUAUACCAGAUGAAAAAAUUACUUAUGGAAGAAAAAGGUGGUUUUGAAAAAAAAUAUGAAAAGAAAGAUUGAAAAAGAAAAGGAUGAUGAGGAUGUCAAAAUAAUCAAAGAGAAAAAAAAAAUAAGAGAUCAGCUUAUCAAAGAGUUACUGCUAAGGAAUUGAUGAAACAAGUGUUGGUAGGUCUUUCUGAUAAGCAUAAACAAGCAAUUAAGAAAAUUGGAUUUGGAGCUUUUUUGAAAUUGGAUGCACCACAUUAUGCGGAUUCUUGGGUGCUUCAACAAAUGCACAAUUGAUUAGUAGGAUCCAAAAGGUGAAAGAGGUAGAUAAAGAACAAAAACAAGUUUCGGAUGAAUUCAUUUGGAAUUUUUUGGUUUGUGUGAUUAAUAGUUGCAUCCGUUCAACUAAUAGCAACCAACUAUACGUUAAGUUUUUGUAUAGUUGCAAGGAUACGAAGAAUAUAGUUAAGUUGGAUUGGUGCAAAUUUGUUAAGGAGCACUUGAUGGAAACUACUAAAAAAUGGCUAGAUGGAGAAUCUUUCUUCACGGGUCCUUUAAUCUUUCUUAUGGUAUCCUAUUUUGAUCGGGUACAAAGGAAGGGGUUAGAGAUAACACGUGAAGUUCCACUAAUAUCAUUGCGGAACCAAGAAAGGUUUCAUACAAGAUUGAAGUUAGAGAAAGACCUUGGAUUUUGAAAAGGAAAAGUACUAGAAAGAAUGAAAUUGAAUGUGGUAUGAUUUUUGUAUAUGCUUAUGUUUUAAACUUUAUAAUAUAUGUUCUAAAGUUUAUUGUAUGUGUUUUAAAGGUCCAUCAA